AUGACUCAAAGGCAAGCUACUGUGCUUUCUGCUACUAGACAGGAAUUCAAAAUUGAAAGUUUUUUCUCAGUAUUCAUACAUAACUUAACAUUUAAAAGAUCCGCCAUUCGAAAUAAUAGUAUUUAUUUCACAUCUUACGCUUAUCUGGCACAGACCGUGUUAUAUCAGAGAUCAGAAAUUGGUAAAGUUAAAUUCGACGUGCGCUGGUUCAUGAAACCCGUGAGAUUAUUCGCGAACAAAAACUGCUUCCUGAGAUUUGCAAAUAAGGAGUUCGCUUUAAAUAAUUUCGACGUAUACGAACAACAUUUCGCGGUUAUGAAUUAUUCAAAAGACACCCCAUUUUACCACGUGAAAUGCGCGGAAUUCACCGCGGAGCGGAAGAAAUUCUCGUGGCAAGAAGAGAUCGAGUCAAAAAUGUUACACAUAUUGCGGGAAUUUUUUAAGACCGCGACCUCCGUGGCUCUACCAAAGGGAAUCGCGGAGAGUCUUCAGAUGAGGGUCGCGCACGUCAAUCUAAUGUUCGCAUCGAAAAAACGGGACGCGCGUAAAAAGGCUUGCGAAUGCUACUCGCGUUUUUACGACAUCUUCAGAUGCGUAUUCCUGGAUGACGUUAAUCAAGAGGUACUUUACAAUCUUUGA